AUGCCCCGGCGGGAGCCGUCCGGCAACUGGUUGGGCCCCCCGCCGGCGCCCACCAAGCGGCUGGUGAGACAAGCAGGAAUUUACUCAGUCGCUGGGAAAAUGACACCCAUGGGUGACUUCAGACCGGCGUCCCCGGACAGCUUCGAGGAUGAUUAUGAUGAUGUGUCCCUGUCGGAGUCGGAUCGUGGCCACAAGCUGCCAGCGGCCGAUGAAGAUCUGCAGAGCCAGAGGAGCAAAGGAGGCACAGGGGUUUACAUCCUGGCAGGGAAACCGGCAUCCCUAAAUCCUUCCCAAAAGGGUGACCCGGAGUCCAGAGGUGGCAGGGGACAGAGCCGCAGGAUGACGUCGGUGGCCAUCCUCUACAUCCUGGUAGCGCUGAGCUUCAUCGCGUGGGUGCUGCUCUUCGCGCUGGCCAUGGUGAAGCAGAUGGAAAUCAUGGCAGAGUUAAAGCUCUUGAGGUCAAACUACACGGAGAAUCAAGCCAACGUGCGGCAGGGGCUGUCGGAGACGCAACGGGAACAGACGCGGAUGCGGAGCGGGAUGCAGAAAUACUACGAGGAAUUGCAGGACAUCGCAGCGCUGAUCUGCAAAUCCGUCUUGGACAGCAAGAAGUGCUCGGCCGGCUGGAAGAUCUUCGAGAAAAGCUGCUACUCCUUCUCGACUGAGACGAUGAGCUGGUCGGACGCGAAGGAGAUCUGCACCGACCAAGGCGCUCACCUGGUCGUCAUCAACUCGGAGCCGGAGCAGAAUUUCCUGAAGGACAAUAUUAACAACAGCAGCACGUACUGGCUGGGUGUGACGGAUCAGGUGGAGGAAGGCAACUGGGUCUGGACUAACGGCGACUAUACAAGUAUUAGCUACUGGAACACGUGGAAGGAGAACAAAGACAAGGACCAGAAGGACUGCGGCAGCAUCGGGCCCGACGGCAUCUGGAACGACGACAGAUGCUCCCACUCCAACUACUGGAUUUGCGAAAAGUCCUGGAACUGCUGACUUCAGCAUUAUUUUUUCCCCCUGUUUCCACUUUUCA